GCUCCAGUAAUAAUCCCUUGAACGAGGUUACAUAAUCGCAGCAGAUACUUCCAUGUUAUAGGGGAUGAAAUUUCGCAGUGACUAUCUUCUUUUGUUCAUAGUGCUUACAGUAAACAGAUCUCUGAUGGGUAGCGAAGCAACCAAGACAGAACAAGAACCAUACAAGGUUGAAUUUAGCAAGAAGGAACUUCGAGAGAGACUUACUCCACAGCAGUACCAUGUGACACAGGAAAAGGGAACAGAAAGAGCAUUUACUGGGGAGCUUGUAGAUAACAAGAAAGCUGGUGUGUACAGAUGUGUCGUUUGUGGCAAGGAGCUAUUUUUGUCCGACACCAAGUUUAAUUCAGGGUCUGGCUGGCCUUCUUUCUGGGACACACCUGAAGAAGGAACUGUUAGAAAAAUUACAGAUACUUCACAUUUUAUGACAAGAACUGAAGUCACUUGUGCUGAUUGUGGCGCUCAUUUAGGACAUGUGUUUAAUGAUGGUCCAAGGCCAACAGGACAGCGAUACUGCAUCAACUCAGCUUCACUUAAAUUUGAUCCUUCAAAAGGUGCUGAUAAAAAUAAAAAGAGUGAAUUGUAAGCAGGGUCAUGAUACAUAGAACAAUGGUAAAACAGUUCUGUGAUAGCAGCAAUUAAUUAUUUUUUUGUGAUGGCUAUGCAAAUUGACAUCUAAUAAUUAGUACUUUGAAUUGUAUUUGAAAACUGAUUGAGCUAACAUCAAAUUAUUUUGGAAGAAAAUAAAGUGCUUUAUUAAGUUAUGAUUUGGCAGCUUCCUUUUCUUUGAACUACAUUGUGGUUCAUUAACAUGCAAUUUAUAAUAAAUAUUAGACAUUUUUAUUUAGUAUCGCUGAGUAUUUUUACAAGUUAUGCCAUAUUGUGACGAGCCUGUAGGGAGAGUCAAAAUGCAAACAAUGAGAAAAAAAUUAAUACUAAGCAGUACUACGUACCAAAACGUCUAAUAAGUUAUUUGGUAUCCAACUACUUUUUUUCUGCCAAGUGUUUUUGCUCAUUUCUCACAAGGUGGGAAAAGCAAAGCAGAUAGAGAAGCAGAACAUGUGCAGCUGACUUGUUAAACAGGUUUUUUGCACUCUUCUCUAUUUGUGCAUUAUUUGUAAGUUCUACUUUGUGCAGUUGGAUAAUAAACAAACACUUUUGAGAAUUUAGAGGAAAAUUCAUCACUUGAGAAGGGAAUUCUACAAAACUGAUUUUGCACAAAUCACUUUGCAAUUUGUGCGAUAUUGGUUUUCAAAUGCAAUUUGACAUGGAAUUCACAAGUCAAGUAAUGAGUUUUCUUUGAAUUGCAUAAUGGAAUAAAAAUUAGAAAAGAAGAG